GUCGAGUUUGUUUUUCCGUAACGCGGGGAAAUUUAACCGUAUAAAAUUACCGGUCAACAUGGGGAAUUGUUUAGAAGCUUCACAGGUCAGGUUAUUUGUCACUCGGCAAAGAUCCUUUACACGAAAAUUUCUACGCCAAUCAUCUACGAACUUUUCGAUGUACACUUUCUUCUAAAAAAGUUCGGGCACGCCAAUGGCAGCCUGUCGCAUCGCUUGAUUAUUAAGAAAACAAGGCGGACGAUCAAGUACAACAGGAAAUUUUGAAAUAAUCUCAGAAAAAUACUGACGUAUUCCAUUUGCGGAAUUCGUUUCGAUUCAUGACCGAAUGGCAAAGAAAAUGUCAAAAAUGCGGCUUCGGGAUGUCAGUCCGACAGUCGGUUUUACAAUCGCGUUAAAUCCUUCGUAAAAAAAGUGGCAUACGUUGUAUCCGAGAUGGUUAUGGAUCAAUUCGUGACGACUUAUAGAAAAGACUACUUGUGGCCGUACGUGAGAAGCUUGGGGAUCAGGCCUCACCUCGAAUGCCUCCGUGAACCUUGCCGCUGCUUAGAUAAAUCUGGAGUAGCUCGUCCGGCAUACCAAGUCGACACCUCUGGUCAUCUACUUGGUCCAAAAGCGGAACUCGUCAAGGCUCCGGAUGCACCAACACCCACGAUGGGCCGCUUCAACCAACCGAACGUGUUUUUGCAAAAACUUCAAGAAAAGUAUCCCUUUAUCUACGAAUGUCUAAGGACGGCCCCACCCGACGACAUCCUGGCUAGAGUUCACAGGGAUCGCUUACGAACUACUUACCAAGUGGACUACAGCAAACUCGGAGAGUCAGCACCGUACGACCAACUCGUCCGUUCAGCCGGAUUCGAUGGUCUACCACCAUGUCCCGAACCAGUGAGACUGCCAGCUGACGACUGCAAAAUUCACCGCAAGGCUCGUAUCAGCAGCGCCAAGCCUUGCAGAACGUCAUAUAAAUCCAAAGAAGCUGAAUAUUACGCGGGAACUACGAAAGGCGGUCUAUCUUCAGUGACGGUCGGUGCCACAGAGUACCAAGACGCCAUAUCGAGACUCGGAUAUCUCAUAAUCAGGGACAGGAUCCACGACCCGAGGCGUCGUCCGUAA